UGCAACCAACUCCAGGGGCUUUGAGGGACUCCACAGCCCGAACAUGGGGUUCAAUUUUGUCACCGUUUGCGCAAACGUGACUCUGAAGUAAAGCGCCAUGGAACAGCACUUGUGAAACAGGAUAAAGUAUCGGUUUCUGUGAAGAAUUCAGUGCUCUCCAUCCGAGCGCGUCUUGCCAGAAAGUCGGGAGAAAAAGAGAGAGAAGAGGGGAGGCUUUACUGGAAGCUCACACACUCUCGCAGUCCUUGGACACUCUGAGCUCUUCCAAGGACUCUGGGGAAUCAAGUCCAAAAACGUUUCCAUGCUGAAUGUUCCUGCGUUAACCUGAGGUCCAGGCUGUACGGGGAGCAGUAGGUCUCGGAGCUCCAAUGCCAGUGGACAUGCAGCCACACCAGGGGCUGUACCACUACGAGACCUCACCCAGCCAGCCCUCCAGAGGCCUAGUCCCAUCAGACCAGUCGCCCUACAGUGAUGUGUCCUCGCUGCGUGCACCGCUCCUCAACGGCCCUCCCCAGGACUGCCGUGCUAUGUAUAACCCCAUGACUCCCAGUAUGACUCAUGGAUCAGGACCAGGACAGGGGGUUGGCCACUGCAUGGAUCAAUAUAUGAGGCCCCCUCAGGCCCCACCGCCACACAGUAUGAUGAGCCACAGGGGCAUGCCGCCCACAGAGGGUGGCAAUAGCACCCCCUACUGUAACCAGAACAACAUGAUGUCCUCUCAUCACAGCUUCUGCCAGUUCCAGCCUGGCUCUGAUCAGAUUGGCUCAGGUGAUGGCUCGAGGUUCUCCACGCCUCGUUCCAUGCUGAAGCUGAGUAAAAAGAGAGCUCUGUCCAUCUCUCCUCUGUCUGAUGCCAGUGUAGACCUGCAGACAGUGAUCCGAACAUCACCCAACUCCCUGGUGGCCUUCGUCAACUCUCGAUGCAACCCUAACGGGGCCAGUUCCUAUGGCCAUCUCUCUGUGAGCGCCAUGAGCCCGUCCCUCGGUUAUUCCAGCAACAUAAACUGCCAAUCCAGGCAACAAAUGUCCAUGUAUGGAGGAGGCGGGGGGACGCCUCUGGGAGGACACACACCAGGUCCCUGCCAAGCUUCCCGCUUACCGCCCCACAAUCCUCGGCUCCACGCUCCACCCAAGCAUGGACACCUGAAGACAGAGCCAGGGCUGGGAGGUGUGAUGGAUGGCAUGAAUGUUAAGAGCCUGGAGGAGAGGUCAGAGGGAGAUGUGGCCAGUCCUUCUUCCACUGGCACUCAGGACCCUCUCCUGGGUCUACUGGAUGGCAGAGAUGACUUGGACAAGGAGGACGGGAAGCCUGAACCAGAGGCCAUCUAUGAAACCAACUGUCACUGGGAGAGCUGCAGCAAGGAAUUUGACACGCAAGACCAGCUAGUUCAUCACAUCAACAAUGAGCACAUCCAUGGAGAAAAGAAGGAGUUUGUGUGUCACUGGCAGGAAUGCUCUCGAGAACAGAGGCCUUUCAAAGCCCAGUACAUGCUGGUGGUUCAUAUGCGCAGACACACAGGAGAGAAGCCACAUAAGUGCACUUUCGAGGGCUGUAAUAAGGCCUACUCCCGCCUGGAGAAUUUGAAGACCCACCUGCGCUCUCACACUGGUGAGAAACCAUACGUGUGUGAACAUGAAGGCUGCAACAAGGCCUUCUCCAAUGCUUCAGACCGGGCCAAGCACCAGAACCGGACUCACUCCAACGAGAAACCUUAUGUAUGUAAGAUCCCCGGCUGCACUAAGCGGUACACAGAUCCAAGCUCUUUGCGUAAACAUGUGAAGACGGUACACGGCCCUGAAGCCCACAUCACCAAAAAGCAUCGUGGAGACACAGGACCUCGACCGCCUGGUUCAGCUAUGACCCCUGGAGGCCAGAGCUCUGAACUACUGCUGGAGAAAGAGGAAACACGCAGGGAGGACUGCAAGCUGUUGGCUCCUGAGACUGCUUUGAAAUCCCAGCCAAGCCCUGGUGGUCAAUCAUCCUGCAGUAGCGAACGUUCUCCACUGGGGAGCGCCAACAACAAUGACAGCGGGGUUGAGAUGAACCUAAACGCAGCUGGCAGUCUGGAGGAUCUCACAGCACUGGAGGAUGGAGUUGCAGGUGGAGGAGGGGAGCCAGUAGGUGUAGGAACAAUGGGAAUGUCUGUUCAGGCUUUGAAGAGGCUGGAGAACCUGAAGAUUGACAAGCUGAAGCAAAUCCGCAGGCCAACCCCUCCCGGCCGGUGUGCCAGUAACAAGCUACCUGCACUUCCUGGACCAGGAGAGAAUAUGGGAAUGUGUGCACCUUCGCCACUGCUCUCAAAUCGCCGAGUUAUGGAGCUGUCCAGUCACGAGUUAGGAGGCGGCACAUCGAUUGGCUGCACUUCCACUGACAGGAGAGGUAGCGGCGCCAGCAGCCUAAGCUCUGCAUAUACCGUCAGCCGCCGGUCCUCCAUGGUGUCUCCAUACUUGUCCAGCCGGCGCUCCAGUGAGGUCUCACAAAUGGGAGGAUGUCACCUCCUCAGCCCAGAGCAGAGUGGGGGAGACCCACUGUCUCCGGAGACCAAUCGCAGAGGCGCUCCAUGUCCCGGAGGAGGAGGAUUGCCGGGGCUUCCUAAUUUAACACCCGCCCAGCAAUACAGCCUAAAGGCCAAAUAUGCUGCAGCAACUGGUGGACCACCUCCUACUCCUUUACCCAACAUGGAGCAGCCAGGCACUCCAGCAAGAAGAGGAGGUAUUUUGAGUGAGUACCAGGGGCAGCCUCUGCCUCCUUUCCUUCAACAAGGUGGUCCACGUAGGCACAGUGCCAACACAGAGUACGGCACUGGUGUUAUCUACCCUCACCAGGCUCCAGGUAACAACAGCAGGCGAGCCAGUGACCCGGUUCGAUCAGUAGCAGAUCCUCAAGCUCUCCCCAAGCGCUUCAAUAGCCUUAAUAAUGUAGCCAUGAUGGGCAGAAGGAAUGCGCUGCAACACCGGGGCUCCGACACCAGUCUUGCCCGCCACCUGUACUCCCCUCGGCCACCUAGCAUCACAGAGAAUGUAAUGAUGGAGGCCAUGGGUAUGGAGCCUCACCUUGCCCCUAUUGAUGGCAGGGAUCGUUCCAUGAUGAUGCCCCCUGGAGAGAGGAGCUUCAUGGGAUACCAGCAACAGCAUCAAACUCUUGGAGGAGUUGGAGGUUCUCUUGGAAACCAACUGUCCCCAAGCCAUGACUCUCUGAGCUGCCCAGACCAGGGUUACAUGCAGGGGCACUACCAGAACCAGGGAGGGGACGUCUCUUCCAGGGCUGGUGGGAAUCCAAUGGGCCAAGCACGGCCUAUUCACUCAGAGGGCAUGUCUAAUACACUUCUCCAGCAGGCCGAGUACAGUAUGAGCACCUGCCAGCUCAGUCCCUCAGGCCCCCAUUACCCUAGCACAGGCCAGGGUGGUGAUGCUGGAGGCCCUUGGAGCGAUUCCCACAGCCAAAUCCAAACUUCCAGCCAUGCUCUCCAGAACCAGCGAAGAAUGCAGUAUUUAGAUCCUAGCCUGCAGCCUCAACAGACACAGGCCCACUUCAACAAUCAGACAGGCCUCUACAACAGUCCUGAUGGAAUCCACAAACUCACCAUCAAGCCAGAGCAGCAGUUCCACCCUGUGAUGGGAGGCGGAAAUGCCUGCCAAAGUGCAAAGCUCCAACAGCAGCGGAUGCUCCUCCAGCAACCUCAGGGUUACCCACAACAAACAGGCCAGGUCCUGAUGAGGAACUCUAACAAUCCCAGCUGUGACUUUCAAGGGCAGAACCAGAACUCCUUCCCCAGUGGAGAGGGCUUGAGCUUGGGCUGUGCUGGCACUGCACUCUCCGACGGGCAGAGGUCAGAAACCCCAAUGAUGCAGGUGAAGGAGAUGAUGGUGAGGAACUAUGUACAGUCACAGCAAGCACUCAUGUGGGAGCAGCAAGAAGAACAGCAACAGCAGAGUGGAAUAAAAGCUCCUCCUGUAUCUGCUAAUAUGAGUGUCCAGACAGCAAUGAUACAGCACAGUCCACAGCACCAAAACCAGAAUCUUUACCCAAGCCAGCCCUAUCCGUCCUACCCCAACCAGAACCUGGUCAUGAGCCCCCCGGCCCAGAGCAGAGGGCCCAGCUCUGUGACACCUAAAGACCAGCAGCUGACAGGUCUCCAAGGCUCAUGUUAUGGCCAGGAGAUGGUGGUCCCCAGGCCCCCUCAGGGACGGAAACCUCCCAGCCGCCAGAACAGCCUGUCACAGGUAGGAGGAAGCUACCUGGGUAGCCCACCCCACCUCAGCCCUGUCCACUCCACUUCCAGCCCCAGGCGAGCGGUCCGACUUCCUCCAGUUCAGCAUCCACAGCAAAAUGAAAUGUUCUCUCCUUCCAAUAACAACAUGUACUAUUCAGGCCAGAUAAGCAUGGAUAUGGACAAACACAUGGACCCCCAGAAUGGACCUUGUCUCAACCAGCAGCUCAGUAUGGGGUCCAACCUGGACCCAACAGAUGGCACAAAGCCUGCCCCUAUGACUCCUUAUCCUGAAUCUGGCCCCAUCUCCAAUGCCUUAGAAAACCUGGACCUGGAUAAUGCUCGCAUAGACUUCACCUCCAUCAUUGAUGAUGCGGAGUCUUCCUCAUUCAGCCCAAUCAACAAUCCCCUUCAGGGUCAGCCGGGGUCUUCCUCCCAGGCCUCAUCCCGCCUCACCACCCCCCAGACCUCUGUCAGCCUAGCUGCAGGCUCUGGUCUGUCCAACAUGGCUGUAGGCGACAUGACGUCCAUGCUUACCUCGCUGGCUGGGGAGAAUAAAUACCUGAACACGCUGUCUUAGAAGAAGACUUUGGGGCAUUUUUCCCAGAUUAGCAAUCAAGUAGAGGCCUUGGCCAGUUCUUAAUGUUUUAAUUGAGAUCCCGCAUGGAAGUGUAUGAAACCCAGUAUUGAGGGGUAACCGGCAUGGGCUUUAAAACACUCAAAUCCUGUUGCUUAUGGGAUAUUGCAAGAAUGUUAAGUUUGGGUAAGACAGACACACUUUUGAAUGGAUCAUUUCAUAUAAUGGAUAAUUAUUCUGGGCGGUUUUAUACUUCCCCAUAAGCCUUUAUACGUAAAUCCAUCACAUUAGCCCUUAUUUGAGCCAGGCAACUCAUAAGGUGUCUGUUGAUACUGGAUACCAGGAAUAAUGAUAAUGUUGUAAUGCAUUUCGGUUGCAAGUUGAGACAAAGCUAUUGAUGUGAUCCCAUCACAGGUUUCCAAAUUGUAAGAAUCCCCACCCGAAACCUUAAAACCAAAGGUGCCUGAUCAACCUCCCUUCGCUGUAUUGUCCCUUGGCUGCCUUGGUACUUGAUAUUUUGCUGUGCCUUCCUGUAAGACACGGAGCUAUAUGCCUGAAAUGAAACUGAACACUGAACUUUUUCCAAACAGGCAUUCCAGUCACAUGGUGCUGUGGCGACAGUGGAGCAGAGAAGGAUGCAUGUAAAUACGUUUUAUAUACAUUUAUAUAUGUUGUUUAUAUGACAAUGAGACCGUGGAUAAAUCAUCCCCCGUCUUCUGAUAGACUGCUUGGAUUCUGAAGGCCCAAUGUUCAGACAGGAGUUUGUAAGAUGGUUUGUUUGAAGAGCCGAGUGAAGACUUUGAGUUGUGCUUUUAGUGAUUGAGAAAUCCUUUCUGGGUGCUACUAAAUAUUAAUCUGUAUUGAGGGAUUUCUUCCUUGUCAUGAGCAACACAAUCUUUUAUAGUGGUAUAUCAGUAAUCCCACACCCGCAGAAUGCAGUCACAGACACACACACACACACACACACACAAAGUCCACACACAGACACUCAGGACUUGUUGGUGUUUGAAUCUUUGGUGUUCAGAUUACAUGUAUUUUGUAAUUUCCUUUCCAGACAGAGAGUUUGCACUCCAUAUGUUUACUGUAGGUGUUCCUGAAGCAGCUUUGUACUUUUAUUUUUAUUUUAUUUUUUUCCAGCGUUGUUUGUAACUGCAAAACAGAAAGUUCUUUGCUCUUGCAAAAGGUACACUCACAGGGGAUAAAAGAGUAAA